UUAUUGUUACUUUGUUAGUGGUUUUGUAACGUAACGUUGUACAAAAUUUUUGUUAAACUAGAAUUAAAUGUGGAAUUAAAUGUGAACGUUUCGUAUAUUUUAGUUUUCCAAAAAUGGAUUAAUGUAGUUAGUAUUUUGAAGUAUUUAAACAAAAUCUAAUGUCAAAUUUUAUUAGUUCUUGUAGUUGUGAAUACCCAUCAGUACUGUGUAACAUGUCCAUUAACAGUUCGUGUUGGUGUUACUUGAUGCAAUUUUGAUAUAUUAUAGGAAGAAUUAUAAUAUUUUAAUAUAAAGUAUCAACGGUAUGGGUCGUUACACAGGAAAAAAAUGUCGUUUGUUAACGAUGUUAUGGCUCACUGGUAUAUUUUUCUUAGUCGAAAUAAUUGUGGGCUAUCUAACAAACUGUAUGGCUUUAAUAGCUGACAGUUUUCAUAUGUUGUCGGAUGUAGCAGCUUUGAUUGUUGCAUUUCUUUCCGUAAAGAUGUCACCAAAGAAAUGGUCUAAGAAUACAUUUGGUUGGGCCAGAGCUGAAGUUUUAGGAGCUUUAGUAAACGCCGUUUUUUUAGUCGCAUUGUGUUUCAGUAUUACUGUGGAAGCGUGUAAAAGAUUUAUUGAGGUUGAAGAGAUACAUGAAGCAAAACUGCUUGUAGGAGUCGGGGCACUUGGCUUAUUAGUGAAUAUUAUUGGACUAUGUCUCUUCCAUGAACACAGAAGUUCUCAUGCACAUUCGCAUGGCAUAUCUCGAAGUCACAACCGAUUGAGUACUCUAGUAGGAACGGACGAUAAUGAAAAUGAUGAAACAUAUAGGCCAUCGACGCCUCAAGUCAAAAGGACACAUGGCCAUGUACAUGAUGCAAGUCAAAUGAACAUGCGCGGAGUGUUCCUUCAUGUACUCUCAGAUGCAUUAGGAUCUGUGAUUGUGAUAGUCUCUGCUUUAAUUGUUUGGUUGACUGACUGGGAUUACAGAUUUUACAUUGACCCAGCUCUCUCGCUUUUAAUAGUUAUUCUUAUUCUACAAUCGGUAUGGCCAUUACUCCAGGAAUCUGCAUUGAUUUUAUUGCAGACCGUACCGACACAUAUUCAGGUGGAUGCCAUUCAACAACGUUUACUAGAAAAUGUUGAUGGCGUUUUGGCUGUACAUGAAUUUCAUGUGUGGCAAUUAGCUGGUGAUCGUAUUAUCGCUUCAGCGCAUAUAAGAUGUAGGAAUCUGUCAGAAUAUAUGAAAAUUGCAGAGCAAGUAAAAGAAUUUUUUCAUAACGAGGGCAUACACUCUACUACAAUUCAGCCUGAAUUUAUUGACUACCAUUCUAAUAGCGAGGUCAAGGAAACACCAACUGAAGAUUGUGUACUAGAUUGUCCAAAGACUGACAAGCCUUGUAAUCAUGCAACAUGUUGCGGACCUUCUAAGCAGGGUCGUGAAACUCCAUCGCCAGGAGAAACACCGUAUUUGUGCAGACAACGUAACAGUCUGGCACGUUCCACUGGUUCAAUAGGAGGAGCCGAACAGCAAGAAAUAAAUGAAAUGGAACGCGGACAUUUGUUAUCACUGCCCGCUUUACAUCACUCCGUCCAACUUCCACAUUCUCAUGUUAAUACACCGGUUGUAUAAGUUGUCAUUAUAUUAUAAAAUAUCUACCUCUGUAACACAAUCUGCGGCGCGUUACAAUGUUAUUAUAAAAAUUCAAUAAAGUAAUAUACAUACUGUA